AUGAAUACCAGCAGUGAGUAUUUUGAUAUCGUCGACCAGAACCAGUGUGUCAUCGAUGCGCGAAAGAAAAAUCUCACGGAUAUCUACAUAACACCAGGUACACCAGAGCUUUUCUACGAUUCCGAGCAUAUAUUGCUAACCCGUAUCAUUCCAGCUACGAUUACAUGUCCGUUUGGUAUCAUACUCAACUGUCUGUUUCUCUACGUAGUAUUCAAAGUGUCAGCCAUGCGUACAUUGACUAAUAUGUAUCUAUCGAACCAAGCCAUCGUAGACUGUAUGUUUCUAAGUUUAUACUAUAUAGUGCAAGUCGGUGAACCACUGUCAACUGAUGUCGUACACGAUAAAAGUUUCCUAGGACCGGUUGGAUGUUUUAUUGUGAACAUUGCUCUAGAUAUUUGUCUUUUCGUCUCCGAGUUUAACAUCGUGUUAGUGACCUUCGAACGAUACAUGGCAAUUUGUAAACCGUUUAAGGCUGAUAGAAUUAGUUCCAAGUCUCGAACAUACAAACUUAUCAUACUUACAUGGAUUAUGGGUAUUGUGUUCUCUGUUCCAAUCUUCCAAUUUUAUACUAAGUGGUACACUACAUGUAUUAUAUGGCCGUCGAAUAACGAGACAAUUUCGUCACAGAUGUCAUAUUCCAAUUGUUUCUCUGGAGUCUGGACACCUCUUGAUGGCAUAUUACACAGUUUGACGCCGAUAAUUGCAUUUGUGUUAGUGGUCAUGAUUAUUACUCUGCUUAAUGUUUUAACGACAAGAGAGCUGCAGAAAAGUGCUCGGAAAUAUUCAGUCAGCGCCCACGAUUUGAAACAGAGGCUUCAUCAGCAACGGCAGAUAGUGGUUAUGUUAGCGGUGACGGCGGGUGUGCUAUUCGUUUGCCUAUUGCCGUAUCAUUUAGAUCUGGCCAUCGGCUACUUAUACAACACAACACAUCCAAACAGUGUAAUCAUCAUGCCCCAGGGAUGGAAUGAACUAGUUCGGUGGCUGCCGAUGGUGAAUUCCUCAAUAAAUCCUAUUGUUUAUGGCAUAUUGAAUAAACAAUAUAGGAGGGCGUUUAUAGCUACGCUCGGAUGCUUUGAAAGUUACAAUGGCAAUAACAGUCAACAAGAGUAUAUGAUGACAUCUGUGACCACUUGUAACAACACAACAAAUCUGACCACAACUACCUACAAUUUGCCCUUGAACUCGAGCGUUCAUUCGCCUAUCAUUCAUACUUAA